AUGGUGUCUAUUGCGUAUUCUAAACUACUAUUAUUCGUACUCUUCGGCUUCGGAUUUCUUGGCCAAACAUUAGGACUACCAGCACCAUGUGUACCAGCUUUUCAAGCGAAUGCCAGCGCUAAUGAAACAGAAGCCUACUUGGCCUGUAAUGUCAAUGAAUUUUGGUUGAAACGACCGAAAGAAAUCAAAGAAUUCGUUUUUAUUUUAGAUGGGGAUCAGAAGUGCCCUACGUAAGUUACUGUAGCUUGAAAAUUUGAUAUUUGGGGUGGUAUGGUAGGGUAAGGUAGAGAAAUGGGUAGAGUAAGGUAGCCUAAUAAGCAUAUCAUUUCAGAAAAGACUUUGAAUUUGAAGUUUCCCUCGGAAAAGAACACUUGUUGACCAUGAGACGGAUGGACAAGGAUACUUGGAUCAUACAGAAUCGUAAGUCAUCACUAUUCUACUCUAUACUGCCUUACCCUACCAUACCCAACUCUACUCUACCCUACAUUACCCUACCCUACCCUACCCUACCCAACCCUACCCUACCCUAUAACCCUACCCUACCCUACCCUACCCUACUCUACUCUGCCUUGCCCUACCCUGCAUGGCUUUAUCCUUCCCAUGCCCUAGCUUACCCUACCCUGUUCAACACUACAGUAGCCAAACAUAAACUUACAGUACCCUACCGGCCUUUUUCCUACCCCAACCUAUAGACUUACUUUACCCAGCCUUACCGUAACCCUACUCUACUAUGAUGCUACUCUACCCGGGCCUAAGCCUACAUUACCGUUACCUUAAACCUCCCCUUUCCUUUCAUACUGCCUUGAAUCUGUUUUGCCCUACCUUACAGUGCCAUGCCCUACCCUACUGUAUCUUAUUCUACCCUACCCUUUCCUACUCCACCCUGGAUUACCCUAUCCUACAUUAAUCUACCUUACCCUGAAAUACUAAAAGAUAGCAAAAAACGACAAACCAACCCAUCAAGCCCCCCCCUAUAUUACAAUACAUAAAAUAACCCUGACAAGUCCAAAUAACCACCAGCGACACCCAAAUUCAUCGCUUUAUUUAUCUAGAGCGAUCUCUACAUUGACAUUCUUUUUGAUGUAAGAUGUGAGAAAAAUGAUCAAAGAUUGAUAGACAACCUUUAAAACCCACGUGAUUUUCGUAUCAAACAUAAAUCUCAAAAAAUUACGCAAGAAUAAAAACUGUUUGGGGUCAAAAAAAUGAGUUACAAAAUGUGCAAGUUGAGUGGAACAUUUUUAAUGUAUUUUGCACUAAAAAUCUUCCACCAAACUUCCAUUUUUUAAAAAGUCUUAGAAUAGCCUAAAAAUGACUUUUUGACACUUUUUAGAAGUGGAAGUUAGGUGGAAGAUUUUCAAUGUAUUUUGCACUAAAAAUCUCCCACCGAACUUCCAACUCUAAAAGUGUUAAAAAUGAAUUUUUAAGCAAUUUUAAGACAUUUUAAAAAUGGAAGUUGAGUGGAAGAUUUUCAGUGCAAAUUACAUUAAAAAUCUUCCACUAAACUUCUACUUUUUUAAAACUUUCAAAGCUGCUUAAAGAUCAAAAAUAACUUUAAAAAACUUCAAAAGUUCAAAAAAAAUUUUUAAAUUUCUGAAACUUCAUUCACUUCAAAAAACUUUUAUUAGCUAUUCAUUUCGUCUACCGACCGGUCGGACCAGUAAAAUGGUGUCUAUUGCGUAUUCUAAACUACUAUUAUUCGUACUCUUCGGCUUCUACCCUGCAUGGCUUUAUCCUUCCCAUGCCCAAUACAAUACCUUACCUUAAACACCCUCCCCCCCCCCACUUUGACUUGAAUUACCUUGCUUUACUCUACCCCACUUUAACCUGACCUACCCUACCCUGCUACAGCCCUACCCAAGCAUGAUCUUACAGUACCAUACCCUACCCAACCUGCAUUCUAUUAUAUAACUUUACUUAUACCGUGUCCUACCGUAACCUUGUGCCAGUAUGUUUCUAGCCAUCCCAAGCUUACAGUAUCUAUUACAAUUGUCCUACUCUACUCUUAACGUACCCUACUUUACUUUUCCCUGCCUUGCCCUACUUUACUCUAUAUUACCAUAGUUAGCCGUACAAUAUUCUUGCAAUGCCACCUAAUACCACACCCAUUUCCAGACGUAGUAGAGACCCAAAUAGCGAAACUUCAAACGAAAGAGAUGACCCAUUUUGAUAUUGGCUUCUCUAUAACCGAGACAGAUGUCAUCGUAAUAACGGACCAGAAUCUCACUCUCAAGCAUGGCCUUCUGAAUCCGAUUCGAAAGCUGAAGGCUCAGUUUUACAUCACUAUCGUGCACUCGGAUUGCGAUGUUAAGGUCAAGGUGGUAAGUACUGUAACUGGGGUUACUGUAACUUAACUUGGGUUACUGUAACUUAAUUAGGCUUACUGUUACUUAACUAUUCUUACUGUAACCUAAUUUGGGUUACUGUAACAUAGCUAGGCUUAUAGUAAAUUGGCUUGAGUUACUGUAACUUAAUUAGGCUUACUGUACUUUAACUGAAGUUACUGUAAAUUAAUUUGAGUUACUGUAACUUGGCUUGGGUUACUGUAACUUAACUAAAAUUACUGUAAGUUAGCUUGGGUUACGAUAAUUUAACUGGGUUUAAUCUAACUUAAUUAGAGUUACUGUAAAUUAACUAUGCUUAUUGUUACUUAACUGGGCUUUCUGUAAUUUAAUUGGAAUUAUUGUAAGUCAUCUAGAAUUACUGUAACUUAAUUGGGUUUACUGUAACUUCUUUUUCAGGGUUUCAAUUUUUGAUACUGUAGAGUACUAUAGACCUUUUAUCUAGUACUGUAACAUAAAUUUCAAAAUUUCAUACUGUAACCUACUGUAACACACACAUUUCAGCCCACCCCUCAUCAGAUUUUGCCCUCAAGCCAAACGGAUAUGGUAAGGGUGUACUGUGGGCUGGGAAUGGUAGUGAUUGUGGCAGUCGGUUGCCUGAUCGCUUUCUCAAUGAUUGGCAACUACAUAUUAGAACGAGAACUGUCAGUGACACCAUCGAUGAGCCUGUCUGAAGAAGGUCAGAUAGAAAAUGGCAGUGAAUACGAAAAGAGCUCUAGACGAAGCCAAAAGAGUACCAAAGGCACCAGGAGACACAGAAAGCGUACCAAAGGCUCCAAGAGUGCUAAAAGCUCAGUCAGAUCAGAUAGAGAGUCCCAAAUAUCGGCCAACAGUACCAGAAGCCCAAAAGAGUCCAACAUCGGAAGUGGUGCCAUUAGCUCCACAACCUAA